AUGCAACCACCACAAUUCUACAACACUUUCCCGCUGGGGUAUCCAAAUCAGCCGAUGCAACAAUUUCGCCCCAGCCAGGGCCUCGACUCGACUUACGCCAAUCCGAACUACGAGAAUUCGAACUACGCUAACUCGAACUUUGCGAAUGCGAAUUACGCGAAUAGCCAGCCACGAAGAAUGCCGACAAACCCAUACUUUCCGAGCAAUACCCGGCCCGUCUCGGCCUCUACGAUGUUUUCCGAGGGUACCGUAUACUCCAACGACGAAAGGCCGCCGCUUUUUAGCCGGGAUCGCAACAAAUCCUUUGACAGCUAUCAGGAAAAAGUGGAGCGAGAGAUGAAGGAGAAGCAAAAAGAGGUCCACACCGCCGUCGACGGGAUGAGCGAGGCGGCCAGGAUACAGUUUCAGAAGGUGUCGGCCAUGAUGACACAACCCGGGUUGGCGGACCGGGAGAGGUUACGAAGAAUCGAAGCCCUGUAUAAGGAGUUGCCCGAUGACGUGCGCAAGGAGUUCGACACCAAGUUGGCCGCGUUCGGGCGG